AAAUAUCUGCCAAAGUGAAGGAAAUCGGCGAUUUGACCGCCACCGUAAAAAAAUUGAAGGAGGAAAUGGAAAAAGGAAAUUCAGAAAGAGUAAAGGAAAUCCAAGACUUAAGAAGUAUGAUCACAAAUCGUGCAAAAACAUUGGGGAAACAAGGUGCAUCUGCCGAGAAGAAGACAAUCGGAAAAUUGAACGCCACUAUAGAAGCAUUAGAGGAGGAAAACCGAAAAGAAAUGUCAGAAAAUUCAGCGGAAAUAGAAAGGUUGGAUGCUAUUAUCACAACUCAUGAGAAAGAAAAGAAGGCACAAGAUAAAUCGAAAGAUUUCAAGAUAACGUUUCAAGAAAAGGAAAUCGAAAAAUUGAAACAAACUAUAAAAACUCUUGAAGAAGAAAAUAGUAUGGAAAUCGAAAACGCUAAAAAAUUCACAGAAAACCUUAAAGAAGUAGCAAAGGACAUGGAAGCACUGAAAAAUAGUACGAAAAACCUCAAAGAAGGGAAGGAAAUGAAAAUGGAAAUAUUGAAAGAUACCAUAAAAAUUCUUAGAGAAACACUGAAAAAUGUCAUGAAAACUAUCGAAGAAGAAAAGAAUGAAAUGGUAAUGAAUGAAAGAUUAAAUGUAUCUCUAUAUCAAUCUGAAAUGGAAACUUUGGAAGGUGUUAUAAAGAAACUUGAAGAAGAAAAAAAAGCAGUUGAAAAACCUCUUCUUCAAUUGGAAUUUUAUAAGGAACAAAUCCAGAUGCUGACACGUGAAAAAGAAACUCACCAGGAGAAUGGUAAUCAAUAUUUGUUUUUAAAAUGUAUUUGAGAUGAAAGUGACGUUCAAUAACUUUUUU